AUGACGACCAAGUUCACCGCCGCCGAGUUGAAGCGGUUCCGCGCCUUCUUGGACGCGGACCUUGACCGCGAAGAGCACGGUCUUUCAUCCUCCGACGAGGACGCUCUCAAGCGACAACUCUGGGGCAAGAUACGCGCACAUCUCGGGGUCAACGGCAUGUCUACGGGCCUCCCACAUCUCGACCAACUCGUCGAAGACAUCUUCCAAGGCAAGUCGAAUGUCAGCCUCCAAGGUCCAGUCGUGAUCUUGCCCGCCGCGCCCGGCGUUCCAAGUGCCGCACCCCCGGUCGUGACUCAGCCAGCCGCGUCCGGCGUUCCAAGAGCCGCAACCCCGUCCGUGCCCUCCACCAAGGCUUCGGGCAAGAAACCUGCUACGUCUUUCAAGAAGUCCUCCAAACGGAAGGCCAGCGCCGGCGACACUGCCACCAAGUCGUCCGCCAAGAAGCCGCGCUCUUCCCAGAAGUUGACGCUUCCUUCAUACGACUACGCCAAGCUGAUUGACGUGAAUCCCAACGCUCCUCGGGUCACGCGUAUUCUGGGAGUGGGCGUUCCACGUCCCCUCGAGACAACCACAGCCCAGUCUAAUCGCCGCAAGCUCAAAAUGCGAGCUUCUCAUGCUCGUCUGACCUUUACGAGCCUUUGCAUCGAGACGUGGGGCUUCUACGCGUUCCUCGAGAAGCUGGAAAAGCGUCCUGAAAUGUUCUGGCUCGGAGGCCAGCCCGGCAAGUCUCCACGCGGAGACGCUUAUGGAUAUCCUCAGGUGCUCUCCUUCCUCGAGUUCACCGACGCCUUAAAUCCCAAGGUCAUCGCAAAGAAUCGCCUCUCCAUGGUGGCGUUGGCUCGUAUCCGGCAGGAUCUCAUGUCAGGAACCAAGCUCAAGACGUCGUGGAUUAUCAAUCCGAACGUCAACCCUUGGAAGACUCUUAUCAAUUACAGCGGCGUCAAGCAACGCCAACUCGACGUUCUGGCCCAGAUAGCCGGCCGGACUUACGAACUCCCCUCCGUCGAUCCACCAUCUGAGAGAGAACGCGAUCGCGAAGACUGGUCCGACUUAGAGGACGCCGAGAAUGACGACGAUCAAGCUGCAUCUUCCAGCGCAGGCACCGGCACGCCGGCUCAAGGUGAUGACGAGGACGCCGACGAGGAUGACGAAGACGGAGAAGACAAAGGUGACGAAGUCGACGACGAAGAGGACAACGGCGGCGACGAGAACGACUCUCAGAACGUCCACGUCUUGUGA